CACUUGUUCUUGUUCUGUGAUUUUGUGUGAAUUAUGAGGAUUCGAAUUAAUUAUUACAUUAUCUAAAAUUUAAUAUUUGCUAUGCUCAUGUAAAGAAAGUGAUUUGAUAUUUGAACGGCAACCAAAUAGAAUUUUUUUGAUCGCGCCAUUUGACUCGUCAAGUGAUACCAGUGAUCAAGAUUUACAGCUCCCUUCAAAAUGGUGAAAGUGUACGGGCUUCUAGUUCUAUACAAAGGAGUAAACAGUGCGACCAUUUUAAAAGAUGUCUACGACUUAUCAAGUUUUAGCUACUUCCAAAAAGGUUCAGUACAAGAGUUCAUGACAUUUGUUAGUAAAACUAUGGUGGAGAGGACACAGCCAGCUGCCAGACAGUCAGUAAAGGAAGGAGAGUAUAUGCUGCAAGUGUAUGUGAGAGCGGACAACUUAGCAGGCGUACUUAUUUCGGACCACGAAUACCCCAGUAGAGUUGCACACACAUUAAUUACCAAAAUAUUGGAUGAGUUCACAGCAAGAGUCCCCGCUAACACUUGGCCAACAGCCAACAAUACAACUGUGGACUUCCCAGUGUUGUCUCAAUAUUUAGUCAAGUACCAGAACCCUAGAGAAGCUGAUGCUUUUACAAAAAUCCAGGAGGACUUAGAUGAGACAAAGAUUAUCUUACAUGACACAAUAAAGGCAGUGUUAGAGAGAGGUGAAAAACUAGAUGACCUUGUUGCCAAGUCUGACAGCUUGUCUUACCACAGUAAAGCAUUCUACAAGACUGCUCGAAAAACCAAUAGUUGCUGUAACUUCUGAAGAACUUUGUGUCAUUUGAAUGGCCAUAGUUGCUUUAGAGCAAAGUAUUAAUGUUAUACCAUACAUAGACAUUAUUAAAUAUAAUAAAUGUGUAUUGUGUGUGAUGUUACAAGCUUUUGACUGGGAAACUCAUUAAUAUUCUGCUAUUGUUUUACUUGACUAUGAUUAUUUUGGGGUAUUUUAGAUGUACUUUGUGUAAUCAAAUGUAUAAUGUGUGUGGCAUUAUUUCACCUGCUAAUUCCAUAGGUAACCAAUGUUAGUAGAAUGAUUAUUCCAAUGUAUUUAAGUUAAUAAGGUCUAUGAUAAACAGCUUUGUUCAAAUCAUAUUGCUAGUUUAGCUGCAAUGCUAUGCAAAACUGAUGAUGUCAAAGUAAUUUAGGUGAAUAGCAAAGUUUUGUUAGAACUCAAUUAAUUUGUCCAUUCUAGACUUAUAUUUAGUUUUGUAAUUAUUUUUGAACAUCACAGAUAUUUACUCUAUGCAGUUGUCUCGUCUACAAUUUUAAUGAGGCCUAUUUAGUGGUUAAAAUUUGUGUGGAUGACACUGAAUCUUACUUAACAUGUUGAACACCAUACUCGUAAUUAUGCAUACUAAAAUCGUUAUAUGUGCCUGGCGCUGCACGGCUGCAGCGUAAGGCUUAAUGUGUGUGUAGUUUUAUGUCUAAUUGAUAUGAUUAUCAGUACUAAACGAUACUGUAUGAAAACAAUCAAGAUGCGUAAAAGUUUGUUCAACAAUGGGUUUUCACAGUUCUGUUGCGAUGGUGGAAUAUGUUAUCUAUAAUUUCAGAAGUUGAAACCUAUCACCUUAUUUAUAGUGUGAUGUGUGACUCAUGUUUUUGUUAUUACAAUUAGGUAGCUUAAACAGAUAUGCAUGUUGAGAACAUUGGAAUCAUCAGAAUUAUGUGAGUCACUUGUUGGAAUUAUAACACAAACAUGAUGUAUUCUUUAAAUAUUUUGUCUGCGAAAUUAAUUAAUAUCAAAAAUACUUUUCUCACAUAUUUUAAAUUCUGUAAUGUAUGUUUUAUUUACAUUCCUUUUAUAACAUUACACUACACUUCACUACUUAAUAGACUAUUGGUUAAUAUAGAUCCAACCUCUGUUUUUUGCCUACCAAAUUGUUUUAUAAACCAGAGGUUAGUUGUAACUACCUAAAAUUAUUGCAAUGUUAGUUGACUAAAAAUAGUUUUAUUACAUUGUUAUGUUGACAUUAUUUGAGAUGAUAAAUUAAUAAAAAUUGUCAAUACAAUUUUAACUUAAUGUCUAAUCAGUAAGAUCUAUAUUUGAAUGGAUUAUACAGUACCUAUGUAAACCAAUGAGAAGGAAAGCUCGAUAAAUUAUUUUUUGACUAUGGCUUACAAACACCCAAGUGAGCCCCAGAUUUAAAUAAGUGAACGUCAAACCAUACCUUAUGGACUUUGACAAGACUGCUUCUCAUUAGUUCACAUACUUGUAUUAGAUAAUAAUAAUCAUCUCAGAUGGUAUGAUUGUUUAUUUUAUUACGGACAUUAAAACUGCAAUCAAGAUAGUGGAAGUUUUACAGAAUGACUAUUUGGUUAUAUGUACUACCCUCAUUGCCAAGAAUAUUCUUAUCCGCCUUACACAGGGUCAGGUGGGGUAAAUAUAAGACACGGGUAAAAAUAAGAGUAAGCUUUAACCGAAUAGGAUAUACACUGCAGCCACUAACCUGAGAGCUGAUGGUGUGAGCUGGAGUCUUGGAGUACACAAUACCUAAAGUAAACAAAUAUAUACGCAAUAAUAGAAUAUAUUUUAUAAGUAUGCACGAAUGUGGUUUCAAUUUAUACGUAAAUAAACGACCAUCUGUUAGUAGGUAACUAUACGUAUAGACCUACACAGUUAUACUUAGAUAGUUUCACUUGCAGCAAAAUAUGUAAGCACAAAGUACCUAGGUACAUAAGUAAAAGUAAAAUGUUAAUGAAUUCUCUUGAGUAUACUAUACUGUAGUAGUACAGUAUAGUAUACUCAAGAGAAUUCAUUAACAUUUUACGUAGGUACGUACGUUUUUGUACGUAGGUACGGGAAUUAUACGAAUAACCCAAACGAUAGAAUAAGUGAAUAUAGGGUUAAACGUAUUGAGAUGCACAAAUAACUCAAAGAAAUCAAACAAGUAGGUACUUAUUAUAUUCUUAACCUGCGUUAAAGCUUACUCAAAAACGUAUUAUAUUUAAUUCCUAUUCCAUUUAAAAUGAAGUCUACACACAAAGCUUCUUUUUAAAUGGAAUAAAGUGGAAUAAGUUUUUGAGUGUAAAAAACUUAAGUCUUAUUAUUACCCGUGCCUUAUAUUUACCCCACAUGAUCCCAUAUUAAAAUCAUAAAAUAUAAAAAAGUCCUAGCUAGACUGUUAGAAAUUGCAGAAUGUAUGUAUAGGAAAAAGACACCAUUUUUGUAUUAUAAUAUAAUGAAAUUGGCAAAGCUCUAAAGAUAUUGAACAAAAUACGUGGAGAAACAGUAUUUUCAUAUUUGUAAGUUGUAUAUUUAUAAUUUUAUUAGUGUAAUUAAUUUACUGGAACACUGGCUUUUGAACAUAAUUUGUGAGGAAUCAAAUAAUGGUUAUUAAUCACCAUAAAAAGUGGUUUACAAAAAUAAUGGUAAAUGAUACGUGUGUAGAUUAUUUUAAAGAUAGUUUGAGUAACAGACAAGUAACUAAAUAUUUUUUCAACACACUUGCUCAAAACGACGUUUUUAUUCCACCGAUUUUUGGCUCAUAAUCCUAGAUAUUAAACACGCGUGCUCUUUCAGUGUAUUAUUCCACUCGUGCCAUUUCAUUAUAUUAUCCGACUGAGUUAAGAAGGUAACUGAUUCAGUCAGCCGCAUUCGAGGGAAGCCAGUGCUGUCAAACUGGUUUAACUUGGCAGAUAUAAUUAAUACCAAUUUAUUUGUUGUCACUUCUUAAAAUGCAAGCGAAGCAAGCAAUACAUUAACUUCAACUGAUUGCUAAUAAUAUGCAUGGAAAGGGAGCCUUCUUUAAUUGGUCAGACUGGCGGGCACGGGCGCGCCCGACCGCCCGCCGGGGUGAGGGGCGGCCAGCAGUAUGACAGAUGCAACACACAAUACUAACUGUUUCAACUAUUACAAUUUGAUUUAUUAAUAAAGUUUCUUUUUUUUCUCGCAAGUGUGUUGAAAAACGUCGUAUGAAACGCGUGUGCAUUGGUUAUUACACACAUCGGCUUUCUUAUUGCGCGCUCGCUUACAGCUCGCGCUGUACACAAUAUCGCCUCGUGUUUAAUGACCAACUUAGCACACUUGUAUCAUAAUGUACUAUUAUAGUGAUAGUUUGACUUCAUAUUUUUUUCCUUGUUUUUUCCCAGUGGUAACAGAUGAGAAAAAACUUUUCAAGUUAUUACCACUGGUAACACGUUAGUAAUAAAAGCUACCCAACUCCUAUUUUUCGGACUUCCUCUUUAAUUGUUUUGAACACAUCGCUUCAAUAGGCAUGGUGACAGCAACAAAGAAUCAUGGAAAUAAUGGUUUCAAAGAAGUGAGUUUUUAAGUGCAGUUGGAAAGUAUUGGAAUUGUUUGCAUCUUUAUUGUAACUUCGUUGGUAUUUCUCUGUGGUUCGUAGUACCUAAAGUAGUGUACGCUUAGGUACGAGGCAUAACUACUUAGGUACUUACUCAUUGUCAUGCCUUAUCAUUGAUCAAUAUAAAUAAAUCUGCAAGUGAUCAUUUCAUCCUAUUGUAAGGAUAAGGUAUGCGAAUGGUCAUUUGAUUCAAUGUUAAAUUAUAUCGCCGUUGUAUAUGAAAUAUGUGGUUUUGAAUCAGCGAGGCAAAGCAAUACCUUUUUUUUUGCAAUCCGUAUGCAGUUUCCGACUCUGCCUCGCAACAUUCCAGUAGAAAAAACAAACGGUUAACUAUGUUAAAUUAUAAAGUUAAAAAAUGUAAGGGCCGGAGACUAUACCAACCUCUAAAAUCUCUGUGGCAGUUUGACAUUCGCGGUAGCCUCCAGGUCCUGAGUAAAGCAAUAAAUAUUUACCGAAUAGCAACAAAUAAGGUGUGCCACGUAUAAUGAAAUUGAAAAACGUGUACCGUAAAAUGGUCCUACUUUGCUAAGGAAAUUUUUAAUAUUUUUUAAACAGUUCAUUAUAAAAUAUUCAGACGAAUUGAAUAUUAAGAAGAACAUCUCAUGUAACAUAUUAUAUCGGCAAAUCAACUUUAUGAAAUGUUUUAUAUAAAACAAAGUUAUGAAUAAGGAUACCCAUUUUUUGGCGUAUUUUCCUGCCUAUAGUCUACUAAGGGCCCUUAGGGGUGCAAUGUUACCCCGUUGUGCGCCAAAUUAAUAGGCCCCGCCAAAAAAGAUAGAUUAAUUUUAUCACUAACGUAGCAAUUCAAAAUAUAUAUAUAUAUAUAUAUACAAUUUCGUUUAUCUGAGUAUAUAAAUAAUAAUAUAAAAAUAUUAUGUUUGAAUAUAUUAGAUUUUAAGGCCUUAUUUUUGAAUUGGGGUACCCAUUAAGUACCACUCAUCAUGGGGUAGGACCAUUUUACGGUAUUUUUCUUAGACAUCAGUUGAAUGCUGAAAAAGCAGACGUUAUUUGAGGAGUGUACCUACAUUUCUAACUCGAAUAGCAAAUAUACCGCUGUUCGUAUGUAUUAUUCUAGACGUUGUUCAAUAAAUAAUCGAUAUUUACUGUUA